AACAGGGACCAGGAGGGAGCAGCACCGGGAGGGAGCCGGAAGGGUCGGGACCGGUGCCAGGAGGAGGAGGAAGGAGACGAAGCAGGCGGAACCAACUGGGACCAGGAGGAACCAGGCCCAGGACAACAAGGAGAGCGAGUCUCGUGUGAGGCCGAGCGGGGCCUUCGCUCGGGGACAUGGAAGCCGUGGCCAAAUACGACUUCAACGCCACAGCCGAGGACGAGCUGAGCUUCAAGCGGAGCGACGUUCUCAAGGUCCUGAACGAAGACUGCGACCAGAACUGGUACAAGGCAGAGCUGAACGGACGCGAUGGAUUCAUACCCAAGAACUACAUCGACAUGAAGCCCCACCUAUGGUUUACUGGGAAAAUCCCGCGCGUCAAGGCAGAGGAGAUGCUCAAUCGGCAGAAGUUUGAUGGCGCUUUCCUGGUGCGGGAGAGUGAGAGUGCUCCAGGGGACUUCUCCCUGUCGGUGAAGUUUGGGAACGACGUGCAGCAUUUUAAGGUGCUGCGGGACGGUGCAGGGAAAUACUUCCUGUGGGUCGUCAAGUUCAACUCCCUGAACGAGCUGGUGGAGUAUCACCGCAACACGUCCGUGUCGAGGACGCAGCAGAUUUUCCUGCGGGACAUGGAGCAGCUACCACAGGCGGCGACGCGCGUGCAGGCCCUGUUUGACUUUGAGCCGCAGGAGGACGGGGAGCUUGGGUUCCGUCGGGGAGACUUCAUCACGGUGGUGGACAGCUCCGAUCCCAACUGGUGGAAGGGCUCGUGUCACGGCCGGGCGGGGAUGUUCCCCCGUAAUUACGUCACUCUCGCAAAGUAACUGGCGCGGCACACUGGCAGGUCCGGCCCUGGCCCUCCCCGGACCCACGUGUCUUCUCUCUCUCUCUGCUCGCGGAGCAGAGACUCGAGCAACACUUCCCCUCUGCGCCCUCACUCUUCCGGUCUCAGUUCCGUCGCGCCCGUUUUAAUUGUUUAUUGUUUCCGACAUGUUUUCUAAUUAAAUGACAAUUGAGUGCUCAGUAUUUAACGUGAUAUUUUGUAGAGACAACAGAAAGGCUGUCGGUGCCCGGGAGCUGUCGGGUGGUGUCGUGUGCCCACGAUGAGUUUGCCUAAUGUGCCCGGGGCUGUGUGGGAACAGUUGUGGAAUGGCGUGCCUGCGCACGCAUCGGCUCGCCCGGCGCUGCCGUUGCCCGGCACGGUCCGGUUUGUCACCAUUGGGAACACAGAGCCCUCACUCCGUGCUCCCUCUGCCUGCGAGAGCGAUUCCCCACGCUUCGUUAACACACUCGGUUUAGAUGCGAAGGCGGCCCAUGACGUGGGGGUCGCAUCAUGGGCGAGGCCUCGGGUUUGGGCGAGAGGGCGUCGCCACCAUCGGGGGGGCGAUCCUGGCGCGGGUGGCGUGCGGCCCGGGCGUUUGCGUGUCUGGCUUCGUUCAGGCCGAAUGCUGCGUUGGCAUCGUUUGGUUUGUUGUAGCAGGUGUGACGAUUCUUCUGUGAUUUUUUUAUAACAAUAACGACAAUAAUAACAUUCCGCCCUCUG